AUUUCCGGUCUCAGUGUCUCCCCCCCGCCCCCCUUCCUGCGGUCCGCCGGCCGGGGAGGCGCUAGAGCGAGAAACAAAGGGAAUGGGGCUAGAGAGGCAGGCUUUGGGGUUGCCAAGGAGCAGCUGGCGGCUAAUUUCCGUUUCCGGCUACGGAGGCACGAGGAUCCGGUGCCCUAACCCAGCAGGAAAAUGCGGCCUUUGACUGAAGAGGAGACCCGUGUGAUGUUUGAGAAGAUCGCGAAAUACAUCGGGGAGAAUCUACAGCUGCUGGUGGACAGGCCCGACGGCACCUACUGUUUCCGGCUGCACAACGACCGGGUGUACUACGUGAGCGAGAAGAUUCUGAAACUGGCCGCCAAUAUCUCCGGAGAGAAGCUGGUGUCUCUGGGGACCUGCUUCGGAAAAUUCACUAAGACCCACAGGUUUCGGUUGCACGUCACGGCUCUGGAUUACCUGGCACCCUAUGCCAAGUAUAAAGUGUGGAUAAAGCCUGGAGCAGAGCAAUCCUUCCUGUAUGGGAACCACGUGUUGAAAUCUGGUCUGGGUCGAAUCACUGAAAAUACUUCUCAGUACCAAGGAGUGGUGGUGUACUCCAUGGCAGACAUCCCUUUGGGUUUUGGGGUGGCAGCAAAAUCAACACAAGACUGCAGGAAAGUAGACCCGAUGGCGAUUGUGGUAUUUCAUCAAGCAGACAUUGGGGAGUAUGUGCGACAUGAAGAGACGUUAACUUAAAAAGAAGUCAUUGCAAGGACUUUACAGCUGGGCUGUGUGGAAGGGCCAAGCUUUGUUUCCUGUGUUUAUGUAGACUCCACCAUCAUGUUGAAUUUUAUGAACACUGUGACAUCUUCAGGGACUUCUUAGGUUAAUAUUCUAUCACUGACAAAUGCAAGCUAGAUUGUUAUACAGAAAUGGCUCAAAAUGGGGUUUCAGAGCUUGUGUUUGUGACUAGUAUACUCUGUUUAAUAU